ACACAAGGCGGAAGAGACGUGGCACAUAAACAGAGACAGGAAGAGAGCAGCUCGCCACAAGUUUACUAAUGACAUCUCCUGGAACCUUUGUACAUGGGCUUUUUCCACCACAGCGUGAAUGUUAGCCGUACGACAUCCCCUUGGUCCACCGGUACUUGAUUAAAGUCUGUGUUACAGGAGGCUAUGGGGCUUUGCAAGUGUCCAAAGAGAAAGGUGACCAAUCUAUUCUGCUUUGAGCAUCGUGUAAAUGUGUGUGAACAUUGCCUAGUCUCCAACCACAACAAGUGCAUUGUGCAAUCAUACCUGCAAUGGCUUCAGGACAGUGACUAUAACCCAAACUGUCUUCUGUGCAAUAAUCCACUGAUAUCUGAAGACACAGUCCGGCUCAUCUGUUAUGAUGUAUUUCACUGGUCCUGUCUCAACGACUUAGCAACCCGCCUGCCCCUCCAUACGGCUCCAGCGGGAUACCAGUGUCCCAGCUGUCAGGGUCCAGUGUUUCCCCCCUCCAACCUGGCCAGCCCAGUUGCUGAUGUGCUUAAAGAGCAGCUUUCAUCAGUUAACUGGGCUAGAGCGGGUUUAGGGAUGCCACUAAUUGACGAGCCAGUUGGCAUCUUAGAAGAGGCCACAGCCAAUGAUGUCACAGACUACACGGACUGGUCAGCAUUCGAUGCACAACAACAAAGUCACCUUUACCACAGCCACUCUUACAAUGCCAGCCUCAGCCAAGCACCAAAUGCGUCACCUACAGUGGAAGACAACUUCGGGUCUCCUCAUAAGCAUGCCGAUCCAAAUAUGCAGGAUCAGUCUGUAGUCAACUUUCCUGCAACGACGACAUGUGACACAAUUACUAUUCACGCAGGCUCAUCACCAAGAAAGAUCUACGACACGCGAGACAGCAGCUCUGUCACACAGAUCGACUUUGACGAUGACAAGUACAGACGACGACCAGCAUUAAGCUGGUUUGCUCAAAUUCUCAAGAACCGCUCAGGGGCUAAGCGAAGAUCUUUCUCCUGGAAGCAGCGAGUCUUCAUGCUGCUUCUGGUUGGAGUGCUAGGAUUCUUCACAUUGAUCAUCAUAAUGGCCAAACUUGGUCGUGCCUCAGCGAGUUCAGACCCAAAUUUAGAUCCUCUAUUAAACCCCCAUAUCCGUGUGGGCAAAAACUGAAAUAUUACUCUCCCCCCAUCUGUUGCACAACAUCCGCGUGUGAAGAAAAGCCGAGGUGGGGCACUGUAGUACAAGAUUUGACCACCAGAGUGAGCCAUUUACCAACCUGGAAUCGUAAAAUUGGGUCAAUCCUAAUUUACUUUCUCGUCAGCACAAACAAACCUUCCCUGUAAAGACAAGAAAAGCUGAAUACGGGAAUACUAAUGGGAAUAAUAUUUAUUUAUUUUGAGUUAAUCCAACCUGCCCUUGGAUGUAUAUAUUUUUUGUAAUGUACCGUAAAUGAAAUAUUCCCCCCAUUAGAAAAACUAAUUGCAUAAGUGCAUCAGAACUGGAGUUUUAAACAAAUAACUAAAUAAUUACGUGUGUGUUUUCGGGUUUUAUUUUAUUUUCAAAUUUAGUGCUUUUAAAUACUUUAUAUGCUGCUGUUUGGGGGUUGGUUUUAGGUUGUGUAUUAUAUCUGCAGCAGUACAUAUUCACUGAUUUGAGUCUGUUGUAUCACCUGAUCAAUCUAUUGAGUAUUCUGUACAAUAAAUUAUGCUGUGGGGGAGAAUUA